AUGAGCCAACUGCCAUUUGUAUUGAUCUCUCCUGCAAGCCGAGGGCUCGGGCUCGCACUUGCAAGGCACUACCUUCGUACAACAGACCUCCCGGUCUUCGCAACCCAUCGCUCGGACGUCCCUGCCCCGCUCCGGACGCAAAUGCUCAACGGCAUACCAGACGUCGACCCUGACAGGCUGACCCUCCUCCGGCUCGAGCUCACCUCGGAAGCGAGCAUCGCGCGGGCGGCCGAGAGCCUCGCGAACCAACUCCCGCGCUCGGGCGCACACAUCCACACCGCGUUCUUCGCCGGCGGCGUGCUGCACCCCGAGCGGCGCCCUGCAGACGUCGACGCCGUGCAGGCGCUCGAGACCUUCCAGGUGAACACGCUCGCGCACCUCCUGUGCAUCAAGCAUUUCGCGCGCUUCCUCCCGCGGCGCGCACAGAACGUGUCGCACGACGCUGCCGCCGCGCCGGUGAAGUGGGUGCAUGUGUCUGCGCGCGUCGGGAGCGUCUCGGAUAACCGCCUCGGCGGGUGGUACUCGUAUCGCGCGAGCAAGGCCGCGCUGAACCAGGUCGUGCGCACGUUCGACCUGCACCUCCAGGCGAAAAGGUUGCCUGCUAUAUGCGUCGGCGUGCACCCCGGCACGGUCAGGACCGACCUCAGCAAGGACUUCUGGGGUGGAGUGCCAAAGGAGCGGCUGUUUGAGCCUGAUUAUGCGGCAGAAAAGCUGGCUGAGGUCGUUGGCAGCCUCAAGGAAGAUCAGAGAGGUAGGAUCUGGGACUGGAAAGGGGAGGAAGUUGUGCCGUGA